AUUCCCGCUUUAUUGAAAAUCUCAAAUUCGUACAGAAAACCAAGAUAUUUCGAAAUAUAAACCCAUUACCCACCCACACAAGUUGUGUGUUGCAGCAAAUCGGAGCGGAAACAAUGUCUACCGUUGAAGACGACAAGAAGCCCGCUGAUUCUACCAUUCACAUCAAUCUCAAAGUUAAAGGCCAGGACGGAAAUGAGGUGUUUUUUAGGAUCAAGAGAAGCACGGCGCUGAAGAAGCUGAUGAAUGCUUACUGCGACCGACAAUCGGUUGAGUACAGCUCUAUUGCUUUCCUCUUUGACGGCCGUCGUCUCCGACCCGAGCAGACACCGGAUGAGCUUGAAAUGGAGGAUGGUGAUGAGGUUGAUGCAAUGUUGCACCAGACUGGUGGCGCCUGAAGCAAGGAAAUGGAUCUAUAUUUACAUAUUACUAGGUGAAUGCAAGUCAGAUUUAAUCUAUUCUAGAUUAUGCAUAAGUUAUGUAUUUCAAUUUCAUUAUCGAGUUUGUUAGACAUUGGGGUUUAUAUGCUGGUUUCUGGUGCUUUGUAUUUCAUCAACAUUGGCUUUUUUUACCGACUUGAGUUGGGUUAUGAGAUAGAAAUUGAAGUUUGUGGGUCAA